AUGGAAUUUGCUGCUGGAGGAGAUGCUCCUGCCCACCUGCCUCAGUGUGCCGGGCGUGGCCGCAGAAGGCAGAGGACGAAGUUCUCCAAAGAGCAGCUGGACGUUCUCCUGCGGGCCUUCGAGCAGAACCGCCAUCCCAGCUUCGAGGAGCGGGAGGAGCCGGCGAGGAGGAUCGGAGCCCCCGAAGACAGGAUCCAGAACCGCCAUCCCAGCUUCGAGGAGCGGGAGGAGCUGGCGAGGAGGAUCGGAGCCCCCGAAGACAGGAUCCAGGUCUGGUUCCAGAACCGGAGGACCAGGCAUCCCUGUAAGAAGAAGGAGGACGCCGUCACAGGCUCGAAGCCCCGGAGCCAGCCGAGGACUCAGCACAACCUGCCGACUCCACCUCCUGAGGCCUCCGGAGGUGCGCAGCAGGGUCCUCCUCCGGGAGGCCAGUCCCGCGCACCCGGGAGCCAAGGCCCGGCCUUCUCUCUGCAAGGCGCUCCGCUGCCGUCGCCGCCGGCUGGCCUCCCCCCGCCGCUGACUCCUCCGUGGGCGACUCUCGCUCCCUCCGUGGCUUUCCCCGCUUUUGCCGUCGCCACGCCGCCUCCGCCCGUCCCCUCCUUCCUUCGAGGACUGCCCGGGCCAGCUGCCCCUCCCGCACUCUGGGACGGGUCCUCCCUCCCGGUGCUCACCGAGGAAGACCUGGCCAUCCUCCAGUUGCCGGCUUGA